AUGGCGAAGAUCUACGCUAAAGCAAGUCGCGUAAUUGUUUGGCUUGGAGAAGAGGCAGCCGGUAGUGACCAAGCGCUCGAAGAAAUACGCAUCGCAGCUGAGCUGUCUACAAGACGAUUAGACACCGAGCUGUCUACAAGACCAUUAGACAAUAAAGCGAGAAUCCUUAUUCUGCUUCAACGAUCGUGGUUUCAGCGCAUCUGGGAAGUUGCCGCGGCUCGCUAUAUCCUAAUCAAGUGUGGUUCUGUUGAGAUUGCCGGAUUUGCAUUCUCCUCAGGCCUAAAUGCAUUAAACCUAUUCAAUGAACUCCGCGCAGACCUGCGGGCUCAAAUCCUUUCGGUAACCUACCUUAUACGGGGCGCAAUCUUCCGGCCCAAAUACGUCUACGCAACCAGUCAGGCGGACAACUUUUCUCUUGACAUACGCCCUUUGGGUGAACUGGUAGAGAUGUACCACACCCGCGAAGCUACGGAUCGUUGCGAUAAAGUAUAUGCCUUACUCGGUAUGAGCUCUGAUAAUCCAACCGCAGCAGGAUUUUCUAUAUCCGCCUUUCUCUUUGACUAUCAAAAAUUACAGGUCACUGCCCCUUCACAAUAG